AUGUUUAGCCUUGCCAAGUUCCAGGAAAAAAACUCAAGACUCAAAGACCUCAAUGUGUUUUCUUCGUUGAGCUUUAUUUUUAUCCUCUUUGAGCUUGCCGCAGUGCUUUUCACAGAAAGCAAAAAGCAGCUGCCACGCAUUGAACUCGCGAGAGGCAAAAGGUUUCAAUCGCAUUGGAUCCAAGAGAUUUCUGGCGGUAGGGGGCAGAUCCACUUGCGAUUGUUCAUUUUGAUAGGUGUCACCAGCACAGAUGGUGAGGUUGGUGAAUUUUGGGACCUUGCUAGCUGGCUCAGCUGUUGGCUCAGCAGUCACCUGUGAGUUGGAUUGUUUCCCCGUGAUGGCACUGCAGAGCGUGAUGCUCUUGUUGCCCGUGUUGCCACUGUUGUGCUUCGGCUUUCGAGAGUUUGUCCGGAACAUCGGCUGUUGGGUUGGAUGUCAUUUGUUGUGAAAAGCUGCUGAGUGAAAGAAAAGACAACAUGUGUUAUGUGGCCGAUGCGCUUUUCAGGGUUUUAUAUGGUUUUAGAGUUUGGGGUCCUUGAACGGUCCUGAAGGUCUGAGGAAGUUCCCAUUGGAUAUUUGUUUUGCUUGGUCAUGGCCCAUCAAAUGAUGGAACGAGGGGUGUUUGACUCCUCAGGACAGGAGCUUUCC